UUUCCGAUUAAGUUGUUAUAACUGAAUUUCUCUUUUUUACCUUAAACGAUUAUUCCAUUGGAAGUUAGAAAGGGCGAAAGAUUAGAUUGAUGUCUCCGUAAGCAUCUUUGUUCGGCCAUCACAUUUUCCAGCCUCUGAGAAAGCCCCUGUAAGUAAAAACUUAUCCCGACAUGUCUCUGGGUUUAGUUACUACUGACUGAUAAGAGAGCAUGGAUGAAAGUGGUUUAAAACUGCUUGUGAAGCUAACUCAGGAGGGACGACUGAUCUGUCUGCAGAAACACGUCACAUCAUGGAGCUCUGCAGCCGCUGCUUCUCUCAGCAGCAAACACUUCGGACGCUCAGGAGACACUCUGUUGCACUACGCUGCAAGACACGGACACUUGGACGUUAUGGAGUUCCUAAUAAAGCAACUUGGCGCAGAUGUGGAAGUGUACAAUAACGACUAUAAGAGACCGCUGCAUGAGGCUGCCUCCAUGGGUCAUGAAGAGUGUGUCAGCUACCUGCUCCAGGAAGGAGCUAACGUUGACAGCCUGAAGAAGGCAGACUGGACUCCUCUCAUGAUGGCGUGCACUCGAAAGAACCUUGAUGUGAUCCAGAAGCUGCUGUCCCAUGGCGCAGACCCCACGCUGAGAAACAAGGAUGGGUGGAACUCCUUCCACAUUGCCUGCAGGGAGGGCCAUCCUCUGGUCGUGGACCACCUGCUUCAUGCUGCACCGGACAUUUGGAGGACUAAGAGUAAUACAGGUAGAACACCGCUGCACUCUGCAGCAAUGCACGGCUGUGAGGAGGUUGUUAGCAUCUUGCUGGAGAGGUGUGGCUACACCCCAAACAGCACUGACAGCUGUGGAGUCACGCCUUUCAUGGAUGCUGUCAGGAAUGGACACCUCCCUGUGGCCAAGCUGCUUUUAGAAAAACACCAGGCAUCUCCAGUGGCAGCUGAUGUACUCGGGGCCAAACCAGUGCACCAGGUGGCUGUCACUGGGCAGGAGGAGGCCCUUCGUUUUCUGGUGCUGGACCUGGGUGUGGACAUAAACCAGAGAGGCACUGACAUCCAACUCACUGCCCUGCAUUAUGCUGCAAAGGAGGGCCACGUUGCCAUAAUAAAAACAUUGGUGGAACUUGGAGCAGAUCUUCAUGCUUGGGACAAAAAAGGACGCACUGCUCUCCACAUGGCUUGCAUUGGGCAGCAAGCAGAAGCAGUCAGGACCCUCCUGCUGCUUGGGCUCGAAGAUUCCCAGGACGCAUCUGGUACAACAGCACGACAGCUGGCAAUGAAGCAGGACGUGGUGCGAAUGUUUGAGUGUGGCAUGCCCAAAACAUCAGACAGAGGAUCAUUGUGAGAACAAACAUACAUUCACAAAUGGUUCUCCAUAGUCACUUUGACUUUAGAGAGGGAAGCUAAUCUAAAACAAUUUUAGAUGCUGUGUGAUCUAGUUCAGUCUCAGCAUGCUAAAGAUAAACUCGCCUCCGUUAUCUGACAGCAUUUUGCUGAUAUCAUUACCUCCUACUUUGCCUGUGCAGUUCCUUGGAAAGCAGAAAUGUGAUAUUUGUUAUGAGUUUUUUUUUCUGCCAGAUGGCUGUGGGGACUUUUUGUAAAAAUGUGUUUAAUAUAUCUUUAAUUAAAAAAGCAAAAGCUACAGUUUGUUUUCAUUCACUGGGUGAAAAAUACUUUGUAAAAGUAUUAAUACACCUGGAACUUUCACACAUUUUGUCAUGUUACAACAAUAAACCUCCAUAAACUUAAAUGUAUUUUAUUGAGUUUCCAUGUUUCAAGCCAACACAAAGGCGUAAAUAAUGGUGAAGUGGAAGGAAAAUAAUUUCAAGAUGUUUUGCAAAUAAACAUAAGAAAUGUGGCAUGUA